AUGAUAGCACAGCAACAACGCACUAAAGAACAGGAGUCGAGACCGGCAAAACGCAAAGAGCUGAACUAUUAUACCCUGAGGCGGUUUCGUAAAGCAGCUUAUGCCGUUGGCACAGAAGAAAUUCCAGCCAAUCAAAAGACACAGCCAGAGUGCAACAAUGCCCCUAAUUUGCAUAGAACGUUUUACUGGUUUCUGAUUGUGAAACCCGAGCCCGCCAAGUCCGCGCCGGCCCCGAAGAAGGGCUCCAAGAAAGCUAUCACUAAGGCGCAGAAAAAGGACAGCAAGAAGCGCAAGCGCAGCCGCAAGGAGAGCUAUUCCAUCUACGUGUACAAGGUGCUGAAGCAGGUGCACCCCGACACGGGCAUCUCGUCCAAGGCCAUGGGCAUCAUGAACUCGUUCGUCAACGACAUCUUCGAGCGCAUCGCGGGCGAGGCGUCGCGCCUGGCGCAUUACAACAAGCGCUCGACCAUCACGUCCAGGGAGAUCCAGACGGCCGUGCGCCUGCUGCUGCCCGGGGAGCUGGCCAAGCACGCCGUGUCCGAGGGCACCAAGGCCGUCACCAAGUACACCAGCUUCAAGCAAACUCCUGUGCAACUACGACAACGACUUCAGGCCCUUUUAAGAGCCACCCAUAUGCUCAUUUAAAGAGCUGUAACUUAAGCUUGAAAAUGACCAGUACAGCCAUUGUAAUACUUUGUCAAGCAGUAUUAAUCUAGAAGCAAAACGUAAUUCCAGCCUGUGAGAAUCACCAAAGGGUAAAUCUAUGCAACUGGACUAUUGUGUUCUCUUAGCUGCUCUGGUAGCUCCUUACUGAGUGUAAUGUUCCUGGAGGCCCACCACACUUGGAGAGGCUUCGUUUCCCCAUUUUGUUUCGCUUUGUUAUUUCCACUACCCUAGAUCAGGGAGUAAUUAGGGGCAAAGUUGGGCAAAGUGUCGGGUGGCCCUAAAUUAAAAGAGGAACAUUCUUUUAGAAAAUCCACUUGCUGUGAGCAUCCGAGUGGCUACAGUGGCAUCUAAUGGAGCCAUGUACUAUCUGCGACUUGCAUUUCUAAAUCCCAGCGGAUUUCUUGCCAGUCUCAAACCCAUGUCCUUCCAAUUCCACCAGUUUCUUCGCCAAAAACGUUAACGUAGUCUAAAUACUGCCUCUUGCAAAGGUCAGGAAUUCAUCCAUUAGAGUUUUCUACCUGGCUUAAAUAUACAAGAAUGUAAGAGACACUACAACUGGAAUAUGUGAAGGAAGAGGAAGCAAGUGAAAGUCCAUCUGUGAUGGGGGCGGGGGUGGGCAGGGCAUAAGGAUCUGCCUCAGCCUCUUCACUUUCCAGUCCCAAGAUCUCCCUAAACCUCUCCAAGUCCAGUGACUUAUUCAUGCCCUGGGAUUUUAUUUUAAGGGAGAAAAGUCACAAGGCAUUAAUAUUCUUGUGCCUGUCCGCGUGAUUUCAGCCUACAAUCACCUAUGAAAUGGAAUCUCCCAUAUUACAAAUGAAUGAGAAAUUAAGGUUAAGUAACUCCUUACUGAAACGUGGGAUCUGAAUCCCUAAGGACUGUUUGCACACAGACUUUCAAGCAAUAGAGGCCAGUUGCAAUCUUAGGAAUAGGGAAACCGGCUCAGAAGGAAAAUUAAGUAUUAGAAUAAAACUAAAUUAAAACUGGUCAGAAGAUACACUUGUUCUUUGAUGCACAACACAGGCCUUAAACCACCCAAAGUAUAUAAUGAGCUAUGGAAGCUAAGGAUCUCCUUAUGGCAAAUUUAACUUUUCUGAGUGCUGUGCCAUAGAGGGGAAGCCAUGAGCAUUAGCAGUAUAAAACUAAGCUCAAAAACCUCAUUUUCUACUUACUAGCCCAACCCCUCAGGAUCCUGUAAGUCUGCUUUAACAUGUAAAAAUUCCCUUGGAAACUUCCUUUAUCACUACCCAUCAAGGUAUCUAUUAGCAAUCAUCCUCCAAACAUAUGAUCCACUGAUAUACAUCUGAAGAGUCUCGUGACUGAGUUUUUACUAAGUAAUAAUAAUGACCUUUCCUAACAAUAGCUAGCCCUCUUCGGAUCCUGGAAACCUUGUUUCCGAAAUACCUUGGAGGCUUGUGCUGUCCCUAAGCCCUUCCCAACUGGAAAGUAUUUACUGGGCCACUCCUCAUGACCCCAGGGCAGCUCUUCCUGCCCAUGGGUCCUGUCCCUAUUCCUUAAUAAAACCACCUUUUUGCACCAAAGAUGUCUUAAGAAUUCUUUCUUGGCUAUUGGCUCCAAACCCCAACUAUUUCCUAUAUAAGUGACUCAAUUUUGUAAUAGGACUUGUGAAGAAGAUACUCUAAGCCCCACAUGUGAUUAAGGCAUUCAUUUCUUGCUCUCCAAAGCUAAUUUUAAGCACAUUUGAAAACAAAUAUACUACCAUGGCUUAAGGAGGAAUCCCUUAAAACAAGAUAUAGUUGUGAAAGACUGUUUCAAUGCUAAAUUUAGGCCAAUUUCUUAAACUGUCUGUGAACAUUUCCUUACCUCUAAAAUGGGAAUGAUAACUAACACAUGGCAUUGCUGGAUGAUCAGUAAAAGAACACUAUAAAGCGUUUAGGACAGUUCUUAUGCAGAGGAAAGUCUUCCAAAACGUUAAUGACAGCUAAAGCCUCUGGUUGAAAUGAUAGGGAAGGUGAGUUGGUCCUGCCCAUAUUGGAAUCUGAGUCCUGAAGCUUUGAACAAGUCAGUAGACUCCAAAGCCUAGCAGCACGUUAUUCUAGUUAAGAGUUCCUCAACUGGCAAGGUGAAUGACAAUCUAAUCCAUUCUAACAGUCUACACCCCUCUUUAGGACCAUCUCUUCACCCUGAACUUUUUUUUUUUUUUUAAGAUUUUAUUUAUUUAUUUGUGAGAGACACACAGAGAGAGGCCAAGACACAGCCAGUGAGAGAAGCAGGGAGCCUGAUGUGGGACUCCAUCCCAGGAGCCAGGGAUCAGGAAGGACCUGAGCUGAAGGCAGACGCCCAACCAUUGAAGCCACCCAGGUGUUCCUACCCUGAACUCUUUUGAAGACAACCUAGGGCCGUUGACUGUGAGACUUCUCUGCCCCUGCCCGCCAAUUCAAGCAACAUGUGACUUAUUUUCCAGAGACUUCAUGUCUCACUAGCAUUAGGAGUACCUCAUUUAACAGAUGUGUUGGGUUAUGAGGAAAGGACCCUGGAAACUCACAAAAGCUGCUUUAAUAAUUUUUUAU